GCGGAGGCGAGUGGCACUGGUUCGGUGCAGAACUUGUUUUGACGUUUUGUUUGUGUGACUCGCCGUCUGCUGUGUCUUCUGGCCGUGUUUUUCUUGGUGUGGGAGUGCACCCGGGUGCAAACACUCCGGGAGCAAGCUCCGCGAACCGCAGCAUUUGGGAAACGGUCCUGCCUACGCCUGGCUCAAUUUAGGCGCUGGACAUCGACCGCUGGAGGCGUUAAAGUCGUAAUUGGGUCCGAAUCGGGUCGCGUUGAAGCGUUCAAGUCGAGCCUCGGUCGCGGCAGCCUUACCUCGGCAACCCGUCGGAGCGGAGAGCAUGGACCCUGAGCCUGCCAGAGCCACUUAGGUGGAGGUUAUGGUGUGGCAGUGUGGCAGCACCACUUGCAGGACGGUGCCUGGCUCCUCAUGGGGUGCAAAAACCGAUGCCUUGUGAUUUCGCGAUGAAAGAUGACGAGCGUGGCCGGCCUGCAGUUGGACAGCCUGGCCUCCGCCUCGAGCGAGCGCAUCACGGAACUGUUCCCCAAGUGCCGGCCCCGGGACGCGCGCGACGGCCUCAGUCUCAGCCUCAAUGUGGGCGGCGGCGCCAGCGGCGCCAGCGGGCAGCCUAGCCGCGCGCAGGGCCUGCAGGGCCUGCAGGGCGCACCCGGAGGCAACGCCCUCGCCCUCGCCAACAAUGACCACCACAAGAUCCUGAUGGACAGCAAGAAGGGACGGGACAGCGACAGGCUGGAUUGCGAUGAAGAGGCGGAUGACGCAAGUGCCAGUGCUGUAGACACAUCGGACGACGAGAGCAAUGAUAGUGAUGGCCCAGCACCUAGUCUACCCUCUCCCGCCCAAGCGCAGUCCCAAGUGCAGUCCCAAGCGCAGGGUCAGAGCCAAGUCCAGUCGCAGAGCCAGGCGCAGUCCCCUCUCGCCCAGGCUGGACAGGCCGGGCAUGAGAAUCAUGGCAAGGGAAGCUCCUACAAACUGCGAGAUUCCAGAAUUAUUGAAAUAGCAGGUGGAAGAGAAGUGUUCUGUCAGAGCCGCAGCAAGCCUGGCCGUAAAGGGCGUCAUGUCCGGGAAAGGGAAAGGGAAAGAGAGACUCGCGACCGGGAUGAGGCCAACACCAGCAAGACCAACAAGACUGACCCAGAGCGCAGGGUGUGGGAAUUGCGAUCAAGAUGUGGAGAGGCGAAGCGGCAAAGGAACUCCAGAGAUCUUACUGAUAUGUUUUCCUCAGAAUCUAGAGGAAGGCACAGAGGGGUACUUUCAUCUCGUAAGUUAAGCAGCAAUGCUGCAUAUGAACCUGUGCCAACAUCUGCCCCAUCUCUGAAUAUGGGAGGUGGAGAGGUCGUUGUCUUUGAUGAUAUUGGUGAGCAUUGGCGAGGAAACGGUUCCUCCUCUGCUGCGUCCACUCCUAGUCCACCUGGUCAUCAUCGGGCACCGUCCCAUUACUUUAAGGUGUCAACAUCGGUAUCUGAUGCUGAAAAUGACUCUCUAUCGCCUGACCGCGAAGAUGAAGCUGAUGAUACGGAUGAUAUCCCAAAUAGCCGAGGUGUGCUCUCGAGCAGUAUCUCUGGUAACCAUCUUGGUGGAAAUCGUUCAUCAUCUAGUCGAAAAGGCUCUCGAAUCAUUGGUGGUCUCCCAAUUGCUGACUACGAGGGCUCGCCAAGGCGUUAUGGACCUCGUCAAGGAGAGUCAAGCGGCUCGCAUGGGCCAUCUCAUCCAACUUUACCUUCUGCUCACAGUCUCCUCAGCUCCCCUUCCCUUCUCACGCCUCGUCCUGGCUUUCCUCAGAGAGUUUUGCCAGAUUGUAAUUUAUCACCACCUACUAGUACUGCAAGUACAACAAAUUCAACUUUUGAUUACCUCUAUGAGUUUUCGGAAACAAGAAAAGUUCUUGAAGAAUUUUUCAAGCCUUCAACAGACAUUCCAAAUAGUGAAGACAAUUCACAUUUUCAGGAAUUAGAGUACGAACUACGAAGGCAGGCAGGACAGAAUGCAUCAUCAUGCAAUUCUGGGUCUGGAAGUGCAUAUGUGGGCUUGAGGUUAGCAAAAGCAGUGCCAGAGCAUAGUGGAACUGAAUCACCUCAUAAUGAAGCUCCAAGUACUACCAACGACCUCAUUUCUUUACAGGAACAACCCGAGAACGAUCAAGAGAACAACCUUAUGGAACUCUCUACGGGCAGUGGGUCAACAGAAGAUCUUGGCGACACUGAAGUAGGUCUCCAGGUUGGUCACAGCCGAAACUUCACUCUCUCUCCUGAAACAACUGACUGUGAUUCUAACUGCGGUGAUCUGGAUAGUGAAGUUUCUCUUCUGCUCACUGAUGGGGACACUCCAGGGCUUGCUACUGGCUUAACUGGUGCUCUUGGAAGUGGUUUGUCAAGUGGACUAGGGGAUAUUGGGUCUGGCUUACCUGUUGACGCAAUGCGCUUAUACUCUAGCAUGCCUGUUCUAGAAGAUGGUCUGUCAUCUGGUCAUGCUAGUGAUACAGAUAACAACAACCCAACUGUCAUGUUAAUGAAAAGGCAAAUCAGUGAAAUAGAAAGAGAAUUAGUGCAGCGGUCUAGUAGGUCUAAAAUUGAAGAUCGAAAUGAUGAUUCCGAGCCCAUUGACCAUUUGACGGGACAUGUAACUCCAAGUUUAACUAGUUCAAGUAUACCCAAUAAUGUGUCUGGAAGAGAAAGGGAUAGUUCAUAUCCAGACCCAGAGUUGGAAGCUUUAGAUCCUCUAGUUGAGUUUAUUUCAGCUCAAUGGUGUGCAGCUAGUAGCUCUCAAAGCACACCUCCACCACCUGCUCCAGCCCCUCACCGCAGUCAAACGGGAGGCACACCAGACAAUCUACCUCAAAGUUUACAAUGCCGGAGCUCCGUCUCAUCCCUAAAUUCUGGAGAGGGAGUUGAAGAGGUCAUCAAGGACAUUCGCAUGGCCAUCCAAAGGGCCAAGACGCUUCCAGUCAAAUCAGUUGAAAGUGAACCACCUCAGCAAAAAGCCAGUCCUAUAUGGGUACCAAGAAGAAGGAAUUGUGAUAGUGACCUACGGCGUUCAACUUUAAGCGGGGAUGAACAUGCUGAUGAUGAUGAAGCAGAUACUGACCUAGAGACUGAUCGGUUAUUGGGGCAACUCCGAACUGAUGAUAUUGGCUUUUAUGAACCUCAAACGAAAGGGUGGCGGAAAUCUACAAAGUCGCGAACUGUCAUGCCCUCUUCUCAGUCCUCAUCUUCCCUGUCUAAAAAUGGUGGUUGCUCAGCUACUACACCUCUCUUAUCUCAGUCAAAGCUGUCCUCCCCUCCGCAUCCUUCUCUUUCCGUCGCUGCCUUAUUAUCACCAACAACUGACCUUUCUUCGCAACCAUGUGUUCCGACAUCUGCCAAUUCCAUAUCCUCAAAUGCCAACUCGAAUGACUUGGCUACUUCAUCUAAUGAACUUACAUCCCCAGACAAGACCCCCUCACCCCGAAGUGCAGCCGAAGCAAAUGCCUUGGGGAAGAACAAGAAGGAUAAGGAAGCAGGGAAGAAAAAAGGAAGAAACAAAGAGGAUGGCCGUUGGGAUCCUACAGUUUUAAUUGAGGGUGUCCUGUUUCGAGCAAGAUACCUCGGCUCCACACAGCUUGUAUGUGAAGGGCAACCAACAAAAACAACACGCAUGAUGCAAGCAGAGGAGGCUGUUUCCAGAAUUAAGGCUUUGGCUCCAGAUGGGGAAACACAGCCUAGCACAGAAGUGGAUCUGUUCAUUUCAACAGAAAAAAUUAUGGUUUUGAAUACAGACCUCAAGGAAAUUAUGAUGGAUCAUGCAUUGCGGACAAUAUCAUAUAUUGCGGAUAUUGGUGACUUGGUUGUUCUCAUGGCACGUCGCCGAUUUAUGCCACAAGAUGAUGACUCAGACUCAAAACUCUCACGUACCCCUAAAAUGAUCUGUCAUGUGUUUCAAAGUGAAGAGGCCCAAUUUAUUGCUCAAUCCAUUGGGCAAGCAUUUCAAGUUGCUUACAUGGAGUUUCUGAAAGCAAAUGGAAUAGAGGAUAACAGUUUUGUGAAAGAAAUGGACUAUCAAGAAGUACUAAACUCUCAAGAAAUUUUUGGAGAUGAACUUCAGAUGUUUGCUAAGAAGGAAAUGCAGAAGGAGGUAGUUGUGCCGAAAGCAAAGGGGGAGAUUUUGGGAGUUGUAAUUGUGGAAUCAGGGUGGGGUUCCAUGUUGCCCACAGUAGUCAUAGCCAACUUGGCACCUGCUGGUGCAGCAGCUCGUUGUGGACAACUCAAUAUUGGGGAUCAAAUUAUUGCAAUCAAUGGAGUUAGUUUGGUAGGGUUGCCACUUUCCACUUGCCAAAAUUACAUCAAGAACUCGAAGACUCAGACUGUGGUAAAACUAACUGUCGUCCCAUGUGCGCCUGUUGUGGAGGUGAAAAUCAAACGGCCUGAGACAAAGUAUCAACUUGGCUUCAGUGUUCAAAAUGGAGUGAUAUGCAGUCUUCUAAGAGGUGGCAUUGCUGAGCGUGGAGGUGUUAGAGUUGGUCAUCGUAUCAUAGAAAUCAACAAUCAAAGUGUAGUUGCAGUACCUCAUGAAAAGAUUGUCAAUCUUCUUGCCACCUCAGUUGGAGAGAUUUUAAUGAAGACAAUGCCCACCUCUAUGUUUAGGCUUCUGACGGGACAAGAAACUCCUAUUUAUAUAUAAGUAAAAUUUUGGCUAAGAGAGUGGUACCUCAGACCAAAGCUUUUAUCCCAGAUAUCAGAUUGUGUUUUCAUUGCAGUUCAAAUAACAUGAUUUACAUAAUGUGGAUUAGAACAAUGUGCAUUAAAUAUUAAAGGGUGUGUUGGAAAGCUUGCUUGUGAUAAAUAUAGGUAAAGCUACUGGCUAUGAUGAAAAAUGUUCUGUAUAUUUUGUAUGUGCGCGUUCUGUGAUGAUGCUGUCAUAAAUUUAAGUGUUUUCAUAAGUUUUUAGUGGAUGAUACUAUAACCAAUGCUUGCUUCCUCUUAACUGUUAAUAUGUAAUUUUGUUUCAAAGUUUUUCAAUGUUGAUUGAUGGUUUCACUUCUGUAAAAACCACCACCUGUUUUCAAUCAUUGGACUGUAUUCUCAGAGCAAUACUCAUACAAAGGACAUUUGUGCGACUCAAUCAUAUACAGUGUUUUGUUUUAAUGUUUUGAGUCACUGCUGCCAUCCAAGGUUAUCAAAAUCAAUUUUUUUGUUCUUAUGAUCAAGGAAGCAAAGCAUCAUACAUGUGAUGGCACAACUCAACAAGUACAAUAUCUCAUAUAAUGUUUGUUUUUAAUUUUGCUUUGCAACACAUGUAUCCAAAGAGAGUGGGGGCUUAGUGAGAGCGUGCAAGAGAGUUAGAGGCUGAAAUGAGCACUAAUAAGAUGACAAAGUGUGUUCAUAGUCGUGUACUUUUGUCCUUAGUGUUCCGUGUAUGUAUGUAUGUAUGUACAUAUGUAUUUUUAUUUAUUUAUCUAUGUAUUUAUUUAUAAAUUAAUUUAUUUGGUCAUGAUUUUUUGAGUGUGAGUGUGAAUGCUUUGGCUAAUAUAGUCUGCCUUCUUAUUUAAUUAUGUACCUCAGAAUUUGGAGUGUUGAUAUAAGCCAAAAUGAGUUAUGUUUUAUCACUUAAUUUGUGUACAGUUAAGAUACCUAUUUUAUGCAGGUAGCUUUUAUGAAAUAACUGCAAAAUACCAUUUCAAAUUGGAGCAGUUCAUGUGUUUUUAGUGAUAAAGUAAUUGCCAUUUUAUUGGGAAGCGCUUUAGCUAUUUCCCAAAAGACUGUUAAAUUUCAUUUAAAGUCAUCUUACUUCAAAGACUAUUAAUUAAUAUUAAGCAGCAUUCAUUUUCUUGUUACACUUUUAUCUCCACUUACUUACAAAAAGAAAAUGAUUUUGAGAUUCUAGUCUACUUAUGUUGUUUUGUGUUCUUGUUAUUUUUAGUUGUUUUUUUUUUUAAAAAUCAUGUUGUGGUGGUAGUUCUCUGCUGCUUUGUCCAGCCAUGUGGUGAAGGAUGCAAUGAUAUAGCAAUGAAUUCCACGUAGCAUUUAGAAAGUAAAAGGAAGUUCCAAAGUUUUUACCUUGCCUAGCAGUGGGAGCAAAAGCUGGUGGACUUGAGUUAACACUGCGAAUGCUGUCCAUUUAUGUUGUAGAAAUAUCCUUCCAUCAUUCCAACUCUUGACCUAUGAAAUUAACCUUUGAGCCUUCUUUCCUUAACUUUAUUUCUUGGUUAAAGUGGGUAGUUUGAAAUCCCAGUGUGCUUUUCAGUUUUAUUAGAGUUAGCAUCUGUACUUUUAGUUGAAAUGAGAACCUUUGUCCAUAUCUUGAUCAUGUUAGAGGGUGACAAGGAUUGUCCCCUAUAGGAACGUGUGAAAGCUCACAAUGACGUAAAUUUGGCUAAUUGUGAUGCCUUGUUUCCUGUUAAAUUUGUUGACAUCAUUUUUGGUGGUUGCCAUUUCACUUUUUGUUGCAAACAAAUGUCUCUAACCCUGUCCUGAGGUGCUGAAACUUGCCACUUGCAUCCCUUUUAAUGAUGACGGCACACUGGCCUUUCUCAUGAGUUACACAUUUUCAUUUUGUCUACAAUUGAAUGGGGCCAAACAUUUCUAUUCGGUUUCUCAAAGAAAAUUUCUUGUCAAUAGCACCUGGUUAUUGAAGUUCUAUUGCAACUCGACUGACAGUUACCAUGAUCAUUAUCAUGAUCAUGAUCGUUAUCAUGAUCGAUCAGUCACUGACGAAGUAUUAUAUUGGUAUAUAAUGGGUCAACUGUUAACCACAGUUACCAAAAGAUUUAGUCGUUUAUAGGGUGGAUUAGCAUAAUACAGCACAUUGAAAAUGGAACUGAGUGAGAAUAACUUCACCUUUCAAUCAAUGUUCCGGCUACAUAACUAAACAGGCAUGAUUUCCAAAUGACGUGGGCAUACGUUGCAUUCCUUACUUCUUGGUUAAAUACUCAAUGCUUGAUAAACUGCUUAUGUGAUGUGGUUCCUUUUCCUGUAUGACACCACUAUUGGAUAGGAACAAUAGCGAAACAGAUAGUCCCAUGUGGAAGCAAGCACUCUUUUGAGCUAAUGCAAUUUGGUGAGAAGUUUUGGAGGAUCUUUGAGAAAAAAGAGUUUGCUAUCGCAUGAGGCUAGAAGCUGUGCUAUUGUUUCUACCCCCUGAUAUUACUGUAUCUAAAACUACUUUUCAGAUGGCUGCAUUAAGAACCACAGAAAUAUCGGUCUGUGCGUCUAAUGAUGUAAAAUUUCAUCAGUCUGGUGCAAGGGCCUUAAAUUUUAACAGAUUAGUUCUGUCCUUGUCCUUUCUCUCCAAUGGCUUCAGUCAUUCUGUGUCGCUAACUUCCAUCUUCCCGGACCGGACUGUACCUUGCUCCAAAAAAGAAUGAUACUCUCAAAUGUUUCCUUCUUUAAACCUGUUAUUCUCUCAAUAAGUUUACCUCAUGAAUUUUUUACAUAAUGAGAGUUAAGUGGCAUAAUUAUUGAAUGUGAAAUCAUAUGUUUACAUCAGCUGAUUGUGUAUUUUAAGGGCUUAAUGAAAUUGAGGAAUUGUGUUGAUUUACUACAA